AUGCUCUCGCAAGACUACUCUAACCUCUUCUCGUCCGGCCUCCGCACUCUCGCCCGGCGCGUUCGUCGCGCCUCGCAGUCGCACUUCACCCCUCCCACUCCCUCUACGCCAGGCCAACUUACCGGUCUGGUCACGCCCAUCACACCCGCGCCGGGUAUCUCAUACAUCAAUUUCAACGAGCCCGAGACGCCCGUACUCGCCCCUGCGCCGCCGCCACCUACGCUGAACCCCGCGCCACCCGCCGGAGGAAUCAGGAAGGCGUUGAGGCGGAUGAGCACCCAGACCUUCGGGGCUGCGGUGAAGGAGAGUCUCAAGGAGAAGCACGCGACGAUGCCUGCGCCACCUAUGCCGCAGAUCGUACGCUCGGACCAGAUGUUUGCGGGUUUCAAGAGCAGAGAGGAUCUGCAGUUGGAGAAGAAGGCGUCCGAGCCUGCAUUGAAGCCGAAGACCCGCGUGGAGAAGCGCGUGAGCUUCUAUGAUCCUUUCGCGCGCGAUGAUGCGAGUAGUGAUACUUCGAGCAGCGGUGGGAGCGCAGUUACCCGAGCCCCGCCGCUCGCGCCACGCCGUAAACCUAUUCACCUCACUAUUCGCACAUCGUACGCUGCGCCGCGCCCUCUUCCCGCUACGCCGCCGCUGCCCACCGCCCCCCCGGUUCCAGCAAAGUCGGCGAUGAAGCACUACUCGCAGCCGCAUCCCGUCACGCGCGUGCAAGCUCGCAAGCCUGUACAGCGUAUGACAAUGAGCGAAGGUCGGCCUGCCCAACGUACGAGCCAACAUCGGAUUCAACGCCCGGAGUUGCAGCAGCGCGCUCAGGCGUAUCAGGCCGCCUAUGCGGCACCUCCUUCGCCAAACAACUUCCUGUUGUUCUCGGCUACCAGCGUCGAGUUCCCGACGCGGGCGCCACCGGCCACGAUCGUCAGCCCGUAUGCACGCCCUAGUCGUGUACCUAGCCACAUCAAGGGGCCAUCGCACAGCUCAUUCACAUUACCGGGCUACGAGAAGACCCCGAUGAGCUUGCACCCGUAUGCCGCAGUCUCACGCGCAUUGCCGGAUACACCAGGGAGUGCGACGUCGGGUGACUGGCGCGGCUGGCACGAGGAGCGUGGGGGAUGGCUCAUCCACGCCUGA